CCUGAGUCGACGUCAGUUCUUCCCGGGGUCUAUAAAAGGGGGAUUGGGUCUCAAAAAGGAAGGAGAGGAACUACCUGUAAACCCACUGCAAGGUCUUGCGUUUGACAGAGAUCUUUUGACGCUGAACUGCUGAAGAUGUGGAAAGUCUGUGUGGUUUUUAUCCUCUGUAAUAUACCGGUGUCAGCUUCAUGUCCAAAGGACUGCCAGUGUCCCCCUGACACCCCCACAUGUGCAUCAGGAGUGAGUCUCAUGCCGGACGGCUGCGGAUGCUGUAAAAUUUGUGCACGGCAGCUCUUUGAAGACUGCAGCAGAAGUCAGCCAUGUGAUCACACAAAGGGACUGGAGUGCAACUUUGGAGGGGGAUAUGGCUCUGCUAAGGGCAUCUGUCGAGCCAAAUCAGAUGGAAGAACAUGCGAGUACAACAACAAGAUUUACCAGAACGGAGAAAUCUUCCAUCCAAACUGCAAACACCAGUGCACUUGCAUGGAUGGUGCAGUCGGAUGUGUCUCUCUUUGCCCGCAUGAGCUCACCCUUUCCAAACAGGCCUGUGCCAAGCCAAGGCGGGUCAAAGUCCCAGGAAGGUGCUGCGAACAACUCAUCUGCCCCGAGGACAAAAAGACAGACAGUACUGAAGGAAAGAAACACAGGAGAAAGCACAGCAAAGACACUAAGUCCGAAGAUGAGCUGACCAAUGAGAAUGAGCUGGCUCCAGUGUGGGGAGGAGAAGCAAAGUCUUUGCCUGCCUUCAGGAGUCACCGAGUGAGACAAACAAUGAUAGGAGGAGUCAAUUGCAUAUCCAAGACCACAGCUUGGGCACCCUGCUCCAAAUCCUGUGGCCCAGGACUGUCCACAAGGGUGACCAACAUGAACACCCAAUGCAAAGUGGUGACAGAGACUCGGAUCUGUGAAGUCCGCCCAUGCAACCUUAUGAAUUUCAACAAAUUUAAGAAAGGUCAGAACUGCAGCCACACAGAAAAGUCCAGACGUCCGGUUAGGCUGUCCUUUGCAAGCUGCCACAGCUUGAAAAAGUUCCAGCCGAGGUACUGCGGUUCCUGCUCGGACCGGCGAUGCUGCAGGCCUCACCGAACCCAGACCUCACCCGUCCGCUUCCGGUGCAAAAAUGGAGAGCUGGUCAGCAGGAUGGUGAUGAUGAUCGAGUCCUGCAAGUGUGACCUGAACUGUUUAGGCGGCAACAAGAAGAAAGUAUUCCGCAAAAGACUUUUAAAUGAUAUCCACAAAUUGAAAAUAUGAAGUGCAAGAGAAAUCCUUUCAGGUGUAGACUUUUAGGGAAUCUGAGGGUGCAGGGUAGAAGUCCUGAAGUAUCUAAUUUAUAAGUCUGCUUCAUACAAUUGGAGCCUUGUGUUCUGCUUCCUUUGAAGCACAAUUUCUCACAUUUUGAAAAUCCUUUUAUUUUUGUUAUUACACCAAAUUGUGUUCUCCUAUUUUAAUUCAUAACUGUACUCCAUUAUAUUUAAGCCUCUGUAGACAAGACAUCAUGGAAAUGACUAUGGCAGCUACUCUAUCAGUCAUUGCAGAUGUCGCCCUGUUUGUUUACUGUACUGAUCUUUUAUCUAUAAGGUUUAAAUUUGAUGUUCAGGUUAUGUGUAACAAGAGUUAAUCAUGAGAUAUUGUACAAUAGCGUUGUUUUGUACUUGUAAAUGUUAGACUGAAAAUAAACUUCACAGACAGCUGUAACUUCCAAUAUAUCAAAUUCAUCCUUCUUUUAAACAAAUAAACACUUCAAACUGA